AUUCAUACCAUCCUUGCCAUUUUAAUUAUUAAAUCACAUCAACCAUUAUGAGAUUAACCAUUAAAUCAUCAAAUAUUUUUCCUUCUUCAUACACUAUGAAAUCAUCUAAAAUUAACAUUACGACGCCUACAAAGUUGACAGAAACACAGGAACCAGCCAAAACAAAGUCAUCAAAGACAAAGAUGCUGAGCCGUCUUUUUAAGAAACUUGCUAGAUCAUCUAAGGAAUCACCUAUAUUAGCAGAACCACAAACAACGCAAUAUAAACUCACAUUUGUUCCAAUCACAAACAAAAAGGAUGAAGUGGUCAAGGCAGAAACUACUGAAAUCGUCUGGUACGACAACAGUAACACCAUCUCUACUUCUACUGAAUUAGCUCAGCGUAUUUGGGACGAAGAUAAAACAGUUUAUAAGAGCUUGGAUACAAUUGUUGAAUGGAUCGGUAACGGCAAAGAAGAAUCCAAUGCUAUCCUCGAAUCAUACAUGUCUCAUUUUGACUUCAAAGAUGUAAGCCUUGAACAGGCUUUCCGUACCUUAUGUUCAAAGCUUUACCUUAAAGGUGAAACACAACAAAUUGAUCGCGUUUUACUUCAAUUCUCUGUUCGAUAUUUUGAGUGUAAUAAGCAAUGCAUCUUUGGUUCAACUGAUGUUGUACAUGCUAUUGUCUAUUCCCUUUUACUUUUAAAUACGGAUCUUCAUGUUGCUCAAGGUGACUACAAAAAGAUGACGCAAUCUGCAUUUAUCGCGAAUACAAUGAGUGCCAUCACAGUUCAGGACAGUGGUAUAUCAUCCCAAUCUUGGGCUCCUCUUCAACGUGUUUCUAGCAAUGCCACUAGUGCAUCUACUGGAUCAUUUUAUACUCGCUCUCUUCCUCGUACGUUUUCUAGCGCAUCCAAGUCAUGGGAAAUUGAGAUGAAGAACAUGCUCAAACAAAUGUAUAGCAAUAUUCGCUGUAUGCAAAUCGCUGACCCUUCUACUCCCGCUGGUACUACCACUGCUGGUGCUUCAUUCAGACGCAACGUUAGUUCCAUCAUCAAGAAAAAAAUGGUUCAUGAUGCAGAAUCUGUCAAGUCUGUCAAAUCUGCAGUUUCUUCAACCAUGCAUUAUCAAGCUAUUGCUUCUCAUCUUCAAAGUAUUGAUCUCCCUGUCUCUUAUACUAGCAAUGCUCCUUAUUAUAAGGAAGGCAUGAUCUCUUGUAAACAUCUUUUAGAGUCCAAGUCUCAAAAGGCCAAGCAUCGUGACUGGAAGGAAUGCUUUAUGGUUAUUGAACGUAGCCAACUUCGUAUGUACAAGCUUGAUAACUCAACUACAUUUGAUAAUUCCUCUCUCGGCGGUGGUAACUGGAUGUCUUAUGCCCAACUCUUGAGCACCAUUGAUCUCAAGCACUCCCUUGCAUUUGCCCUCCCUUCUGGCUAUAGUCGUCAGCGUCAGCACGCCUUCACACUUCAAGAAUCCAAUGGAGCUGUGCACGUCUUCCAAGUUGGAUCUGCUGAACAAGUCAAAGAAUGGAUCUCUACAUGUAAUUACUGGGCCGCCCGCGAAAGUAAAGAACCCUUAGUUGGCGGUGUUGGUUCUAUGGAAUAUGGUUGGGGACACUGUUUAGAAAGUGUCACCCCUUGUAAUAUGGUAUAUGAAUGGCAGUCUCCUUCUGCUAGCACUACUAGCAGUAUGCUGGAAGAAUCUGCUCAACUCCAAGCUCUUUAUGAAUAUGUAAACGACCUGACCAAUCAGUUGGAUCAACAUCAUGCUAUCAAGUCAAAGAUGGAAUCUUACUUUACUUUGUCUAAAUUUUAUGCCACCGCUAUGAAUAAUUGGGAAAGCAGGUCUUUCUAUCUCUUGAGUGAAAUCAUCAAGUAUCAAAAUUAUUGUAAUUCUAUCGAAAAGUCUCUUUCUCUGCAAGUCAGUAUGAUGGCUUAAAU